GAGAUUGGGCUAAGACCAACCCCCUGGAUGUUUCAGUUAGGUUCUGCUGCUCCGGUGUCUUGCUUGUCAGUUCUCUCUUGUGCGGUGGUUAGUGUGGAUUCUCUUCAACGCAUUGAUAAGAUCUCUACAAAUAAUAUUCAAGGAGUUGGACAAUAAGCGGCUCAGUCAAGACUCCUUCAAACAGAGCACAUGAGCACCCUCUGGUGGCAUUGACAAGCAUAACGCCUGUGAUCAGAGACGUGGGGAAAGAGAACCACUACCUGACUCUUCUUGUCUAUUGGAUUAUAGUUCUGUCAUUCUAUGGAGCGAAACUCACAGAGAGCCCCCAUACCAACUGGUAUUGAUCGGUAACUGAAGCAUGACAAGUUAAACUAUGCGUUAAUUAAUACCUAGAAUAAGGUAUUAAAAAGUCAACCAAAGAGUUCACUAAAGAAGACAACAAACUACAGAAACAUGGAGAUGGAAGCCUCCCGUGCUGCUUAUGCUGGGACCUUCCCCACUGAAUCUAUAGGCUCUCUACCCACCAACACCUCCUCUCCAAGCCUGCUCCAAUUCUUCUGGGAUUACCAGAACAAUGAUGUCAUUGUGACGCACUACAACUACACAGGCAAGCUCCACACAGACCGGUAUCGUGAAGGGUUAAAACCUGAAGCCAUAGCCUUCCUGGUAGUGUGUCUUCUUAUCGUCCUGGAGAAUGCUGUGGUUCUAAUAGCCAUCUGGACCAAUAAGAAGUUCCACCUGCCCAUGUACUAUCUCCUAGGUAACCUGACUCUGUCAGACCUCCUGGCCGGUGUCACCUACAUGGCCAAUAUCAUCAUGUCUGGUCCUAAUACACUGAGACUAACUCCAAUACUCUGGUUUCUGAGGGAAGGAGGCGUCUUUAUCACAUUAGCCGCCUCCGUCAUCAGCCUAUUGGCCAUCGCGAUAGAACGCCACGUUACCAUGGUGACAAUGAAACCAUACCACGGGGCAAAGAAGGGUCGGCUGCUGGCUCUGAUCGGGGGGAGCUGGGCGUUAGCAGGGCUGCUGGGGGUGCUCCCCGUCCUGGGCUGGAACUGUAUGGGUCGCCUGGACCGCUGUUCCACGGUUCUCCCGCUCUACGCCAAGUCUUACAUCCUGUGCUGCGUGUCCGUGUUCAGCGGCGUGCUCCUCGCCAUCGUCGUUCUCUACGCCCGCGUCUUCCGUAUCGUGCGCACUAACACCCAGCGCCAACGCCUCGGAGGAGCAAAGGGAAGCCUUCGCAAAGGCCUCGCCAGGAAAUCCCAGAAGUACAUGGCGCUCCUCAAGACAGUCACUAUUGUACUUGGCGUCUUCAUCGCUUGUUGGUUGCCACUCUUCCUCCUCCUCGGCCUAGACUCAUUCUGCCCUGCCCGCCGCUGCCGACUGCUCCUCAAGGCGGACUACUUCCUGGGUGUUGCCAUGGUGAACUCGCUCCUCAACCCCAUAAUAUACACCCUGACCAGCAAAGACAUGCGUCGCGCUAUUUUAAAACUGCUCUGCCGCCCGUGUCUCAUGACCAAGGACGGGCAGGUGAAGAGGAUGGGGGUGCCGUUCCUGGAGUGCAGCUUCAGUAAGACGGAGGUGGCAUCGAAGAAGCUGGAAGGCCUGGAGACGACGAUCUCCUCUGGGAACAUCGUCACGGCUCAGUCACCCAUAAAGACUCUCUACCCCAAGCUCUUCAAGGUCUAAAGAGCCUAAUGUGGAUAGCUCUGUGAUGGACAGGGAACUAACUCCCUAUAGAAGAUGGACAACAUAAGUGCUCCAUAUGGCCUCCUGAAAAGACAGACCUGAAGGACCCUUUGGGCAGCUCUGUGUUUAAGAGAGUAAACCAUAGAAUUAGGGGCUUUGUCCCUUCCAGUAAUUGUAUUUCUAUGGAGUGAACUUCAUAUUGAAGUGGUGGACAACAGGAGUGCUCAAUAUGGCCACCUGAAAACGGCAUCACUUCCUGUUUGGCAAUUCAACUCCAAUGGCCUCCGGCCGACUAGCCUACAUCUAUAGCUCUCUUCUGGCCAAUGAACUAAGCCUAAGAGCAAACCCUCAAAAAGACAGGUGAAUGAUCUAUGAUUGCGACAGAUAUAGCUACAGGUGUUUUUGAUGAGCGCAUCAAGUUCAGACAUAUCUCUCUUCAGCAAGUCUGUAGUGGUGCACUUGCAGCAAUAUCACCACAUCAAAAGACUGAUGUUGUAAGAAUGAUGACUAAACAUCAAGCCAGGUGGAAGAAAUUAAAAUGUGAAUUAAGCAACUCUUCUGGUACUCACAAAAACCUUCCAGAACUGAUUUGCACUAAGUUAACUCUGCAUUGAGAGAGCAUUGAAAGCCAUGGAUUAAGAUUGGACAUUCUGUUCUAGAACUAAGACUGUAAACUGGACAUUCCAACCAUGUUGAGUUGUUGUGGCGAGUGCGCCUCCGUUUACUUCACCCAACGUUUUCUAUGUUGUUGUUGUUGUUUGAAAUGCCUUAAAGAAGGCAUAAUAUGUACAUAAUAAUAAUAUGCCUGUGGACACCUGGACUUCGCUGGCUCGAAGGUCCAUGUUGUGCCUGCCUGUGUCCCAAAUGGCACCCUAUUCCCUAUACAGUGCACUACUUUUGACAUUUGGGAUACACUCCGAGACGCCGGUUGUGAUAACCCCAUACAGCUACACAGUGUGCCCAAACAGAAGCCUAUACAGGAAGUGGAUGCUGUGUUGUUCACCCACCAGUUGCUCUUUGAAACACAAACACACAAUGGAAACCUACGCAUGCACCUAAACAUUGUGGUACCUGGAUGUGGAGGGAGAUGUCAAACAAUAUUAAGAUCACAGGAUGCUGGUGAGGGGAGGACGACUCAUAAUAAUGGCUGGAAUGGAAUAAAUGUAAUGGUGUUAAAAGUCAUAUAAACCAAGUGUUUUAUACCGUUCCAUUAAUUAUGUUCCAGCCAUCACUAUAAGCCCCUCCUCCCCAAUUAAGGUGCCAUGAGCCACCUGUGACUAAGAUUAUAAUUUGAGUAGAAAAUCUCCACACUGUUUUAGUGGCAUUGUAGCUGUAGCUGUUGUUCUGGGCUUACUCAGUCAAGUAGAAACUAUCUGU